UUCAUAUGUGGCUCCAAUCCUUACAUACAAUACAUCACCAAAUCCUAUCUUCACCUCCACACUCCCUCCGUGGAGUCGUAGAAAUUUGACAAAAUUUCUGCUCAUUACAGAAUAGCAAUGCAUUCCUCUUCGUCUUCUACAAAGAAUUCAUGUGAUGAUAAUCCAGCUAAGAAGACUGCCAAUUCUUCCAACAAGUUUGUGAUAAUUGGACUACCUCUCUCCACACUCCACACCCCAUCUCUCUUAUUCUUCAAAUCAACAUCCCCCACCACCAUCACUCAUCUCCAAAAAUUGGUCACCGAAUCGUCCAACAAUUUGAUUCAUAACCUCCACAACUCCAUUGAUAAAUGCCUCAAUUUCCUGCAUCUCUUCGCUUCCGAAAAUCCCCUUUUCGCCAAAUUGCAAUCUCUCUCCUCUGAAUACCACAACUUCUGCCAGAUUAACCGCAGAAACCAGAGGAAUUUGAAGUCUGUGUGGAAUCAUGAUUUUGCUGCAAUUAUCCCAGGGGAUUCAGUGGCAGGGCUUGUGGUAUCAAAUGGUGUUCUAAAUUUCUUGAACAUUUACAACACUUUGUUGGUUGUAAGGCUUGUUCUUACAUGGUUUCCCAAUUCCCCUCAAGCCAUUGUGAGUCCACUCAGCACUUUAUGUGACCCUUAUUUGAAUAUAUUUCGUGGGGUGAUCCCACCACUUGGAGGGACAUUGGAUCUUUCUCCCAUACUUGCAUUCCUUGUACUAAAUGCAUUAACAAGCACUGCUUCUGCACUUCCUGCUGAGCUUCCAUCCACAGAAGCUUCAUCAUCAUCUCAAACAAGCCCAUCAUUUCAUACACAAAUAAUGUCUCACUUUACCUCCUCCCAAAAGAAAUGGAUGAAAAGGUUUGAUACAAAAAGGUCAAACGGAUCAAGCGUUGACCACUAAAUCAUGGGAUAAAUGAUACAAAAUCAAGUAAUGAGUUGGAAACUUGUAUAAUUCAAGUUUUGAUAGCCUUUUUGGUAUUACUAUGUAUUGUGUAUUUUUGUAUUGGUAAUCAUUACUUCCAUAUUCGUAUCAUUGAUUUCAUUAGACAA